UCAGUCUGAUGUGAGAGGAAGCAGAAUGGGGCACACCCGCUUCGCCUUUCUCAGUAUUUUGUUUUUUAGUUUGCUUUUUUGCUCCUGUGCUGCUUCACCGCCGAACUUCGUGCUCCUUUUCGCAGAUGAUUUGGGUUUCGGAGACUUGGGAUGUUACGGACACCCCAGUUCACUCACUCCAAAUCUGGACCGUCUGGCAGCUGCAGGACUCCGCUUCACAGAUUUCUACUGUACCAGUCCCGUGUGCAGCCCAUCCAGGGCAUCGUUGCUGACGGGGCGCUAUCAGACCCGCUCAGGUAUCUACCCAGGAGUGUUGUAUCCAGGCUCAAUAGGUGGUCUUCCCCUGAAUGAGACCACCAUUGCCGAAGUACUGAAACCCCUGGGCUAUACUACUACUGCUGUAGGGAAGUGGCACCUGGGAGUUGGAUCUAAUGGGAUGUUUCUUCCAACCAAGCAGGGGUUUGAUCAGUACCUAGGGAUCCCCUACUCCCACGACAUGGGCCCGUGUCAUAACCUGACUUGUUUCCCUCCAGAUGUUAAGUGUUUUGGACUAUGCGAUGUUGGCACGGUAAUGGUCCCGCUAGUGUACAAUGAUGUCAUCAAACAGCAACCAGUCAAUUUCCUGGAUCUGGAGAGGGCUUACAGUGACUUUUUAACCAAUUUCAUCACUACAGCAGCCAAGAAGAAACAACCGUUCUUCCUCUACUACCCUUCCCAUCACACCCACUACCCCCAGUAUGCAGGUCCACGAGCAGCCAGGCAAUCUUUGAGGGGCCCAUUUGGAGAUGCACUGUUGGAGUUUGACAACACCAUUGGAAACCUCCUAGAAACCUUGGAAAAGACUGGAGUGAUAAACAACACGCUGGUCUUCUUCACAUCUGACAAUGGGCCUGAACUGAUGCGCAUGUCCCGUGGAGGAAAUGCUGGCCUUCUGAAAUGUGGGAAAGGCACCACAUAUGAGGGGGGCAUGAGAGAGCCAGCCAUUGCCUUCUGGCCAGGGACCAUCCAGCCAGGUGUGACUCAUGAGAUGGCCAGCACUCUGGAUAUCCUACCCACUAUCGCAAGCCUGGCAGGAGCUAAAUUACCCCAGGUGCAACUGGAUGGGGUUGAUAUGACAGAAAUCCUUCUCAAAAAAGGACCGAGCAAAAGGGAGACGAUGAUGUUCUACCCAACAGAUCCCAGCGAAAUGUAUGGCCUGUUUGCUCUCAGGCUAGGGAAGUACAAGGCUCACUUCUACACACGAGGUGCUACCCACAGCGGCACCACCCCUGACAAAGACUGUCCGGUAUUUGCAGUCCUCAAGGCCCACGACCCCCCUCUUAUUUUUGACCUUGAGGCUGACCCCUCUGAGAACUACCCACUCCCCUUGGUGGGAAGACCUGACCUCCAAACCCUACUGGAGAGGAUUAAAAAAGUCAAGGAGCAGUUUGAAGCCUCCAUGGUGUUUGGAGAAAGUCAGAUAUCAAAAGGAACGGACCCGCAGCUGGAGCCUUGCUGCAAUCCUCAAUGUAGCCCCAAACCCACCUGCUGCCAUUGUUGAUGGGACAAUGGAGGUACUGCACUGAUAUUUCUCAAGAUUGCUCAGUGAGAGCACUAAAUGUUGAUUUUGUAAUGGUCUAAUGAUGCAUCGCUACUUGUGGACAGUUGCUUUAAUCAUUGUUCAUACUUAAAAGUUCUGUGACAUUGCAAAUAAACAGUUUCCUCAAUGAGGAACAUGAAUAUAAACAUAAUUUUUAAAAGGGUUAAUAAUGACUUAAUUUACAAUGAAUGUGUAACAAUGUACUGUAUAUAUUUUUACUAGUUCUCCUUUACAUGUUUUACUAUGCACAAAUUAAUAAUCAUAAACAUUUGAAUCAGUUUAUGGCAUUUCAUCUGAAAAUGUUUUACAGAUCAUUUUAAUUACAGAAAACAAUCAAGAGCAGAUAUGAACAAUAAAGACAACAGUAAAGGUUUUGGACAUCAAGCAUAUAUUUUAUUCAUAAGACCAAACUCAUGACAAUGCAGAGUGAUUUUUUUUGUCAUUUUUUCUUUGUUUUUUCCCUUGAAUUUUACAAGUCCUUGCUUUUAAAGAUACAAGAUAGGAUAUGUUUUGUUCUGUCACAUACUGUUUUGCUCUAGGUAUACAGUGAAGAGUCUUGUUAAUGUAAUAAAGUCAAAAGUUUGGUUUAAUUGUUAAUGUAUGUUUCAGCGACUAUAUGGGAAUAGAUCAUCCUCAGAGGUUGUUUUUGUGUAGCUGUGUGGAAAGAAGGAUUUGAACUAGGCUGUAACAAGAUAGAAAAACAUAAUCAGAAGCAAAGAGAUACAGAUCAGAGAUGGCUCAAACUGUUGGAGCUCAAAGGCAAUUACUAUAAUUGGCAAGGCGCAAUAAUAGUUUUCCAACGGCAGCUGACUCAGUCACUAUUCAGCUCUAACAGCAGAUUGGUCAGUGGUCUGGUGGGUGUGUCUCACACUAAUGAUGUCACAUCUCACAAAUGCGCCCUAAAUGUGCUGCUGAAGCCUAUCUGUAAAGUUAUGUAGCUGGCAAGAACCCAAAUUUCACCUGUGUGACAGAUACCUUGUGUAAAAACAUAAG